AUGUUCAUGGCAGUGCCAGCACCACGCUGGUGCUGCACAGUGUACGACAGGCUCCUCUCUUCUGCCAGCAAACUGAAGCCGCUGCUUGCCCUGGAGCUGGAAUCUCGCCUCCUGCGGGCUCUUCUCCACCAGAUCUUCACCAUGGGCACUGGGAACGACACCACCCACUUCCGGGCUUUGCACAAGAGCUAUUCGCAGAGCCUGGACCCCAUGCUCAGGGGCCUGCUGACAGAGACCCCCACCACAGACAAGCUGCAGCACCUCUUGGAGCACAUCCAUUUCUGGAUCCAAUCUAAAAAGACCAAGGAGAGAGUAAGGGCCAUACAGAGCAGCGCUGCCCUGCUCGAAUUUGCCACCAUCCUGCCUGGAUUUGACACCUCCUCCGACUUCUCCAAGGCAGGCGACUUUGUGCUGCAGCUGGGUCUCCAUGUAUCCCAGCCAGCCGACGACAUCAGCCGGCAAGCCAGGGGUGGGAUAUAUUGGCUGCACAGGCUCCUGCUCGUGCUGACAUAG